AUGUCCGAGAAGAACAGUAGUGGGAAGUAUUCCCACACGCCGAGUGCCAAUGAACUAAACGUGUUUGAUCCCAAUGUGGACCUGCCCUCCGAACCUCCGCCCAGUUAUGAUGAGGCGAUGGCCGAUCCAUCGGUAUCUGAAGACGACAUGGGGCCACAGACGCCGCUCAGGCCGCCACAGACGCCCAGCAGGAGGUUGUCGCAGUCAGGAGAGCAGUAUUCCAAAUACUCGAGACCGGUAGCCCCUCCGCCGAACAUGUCGGGAAACUCGAACAGACUCACGGUUCCAGGAAUGACCUCUACUUCGUCGAGCACAGCGUCCAGCUUAUCUUCUUCCAACCACAGCUACACGCACCAGCAGCCGCAGAGACCUUCUGCGCCACCACCUCAACACAAAACGUCCCAGCUUCCAAAACCUUCGCCGAUCAACCCAAAUCCGUACCUACCCUGGAGAUACCCCUCUUCUUAUCGUUGCUCCAAGUGUGAAAAUACUGGAUACAAAAAGAAAAACGGUCAUGCAUGCAAAACUUGUUGGGGUCGGUUCCGUCCCCAGACGACGCCGCCGGCAACCAAAGCAGAAUUGGAGCGUUUGGUCAAACACAGGCCUGCUCCCAACCCCAUAAACACCAACGUGGUCAAGCUGCCUCCUGGAGCCACUGUCAUGCCUACUGGUCCUAGAGUCCAGGCACCCACGGUGGUGAAGCCCGGCGAUCCAAGAAUAGGCGGUAUUCUUUGCCCAAAAUGUAACGGCCGUGGUAUGGUCCAUUUUUUUCUUGACCUGGAGCGUUGUAGCAAGUGUAACGGUUUGGGACGAGUCGGGUCUAACGGCAGACCACUAUAA